GACCAAACGAAGAACAGAUGAAUCAAGAACAAAGCUAAAGUCACACCCUUAAAAAAAGGGGUGACAAUCAAAAACCGACGGUGCAAGACACAGAGCCUCCACACCUCGGACUCAUAAGCCAGCGAGGAACAAAGCCAUAGAAGCCUCUUUCUCCCGGAAACAGAGCCGGCGAAGCCUGCCUAAGAAGCAGCGCUUCCCAGAAUCAAAGCCAAAAACCAGAAACCGUCGAUAGAGCCCCGUGAAAGCUUCAUCUCAUCUCACAGAGGAGAGAAAGAAGUCGCGGUCUCCACACAUUGAAUAUCAUUGGUCAAUGUGUGUACAAUGAACCCUGCAAAAACAUUGCCAACGGGACAACGCACACAAACAAAACACCACACAUGAACACUUUCUAUCCUUGUUCCCAUUCUUCGUCUUUCUCCACUUUAUUCUCCCAAGAAAUAACACAAUUUCCCAGAUUCAAACUUCUCUUUUUUCAACGUCUUCUAAAGAAAGUAAGAAUCUAUCGUCUCUAAUUCUUCUCUUUUUAUAGUAUAUAUAUAAAAAACUACUUUGCUCUUUUUCUUCAUCUGGUAGAGAGCAUUUACAUUAAUAAACUUCGGAGAAAAGCAAAAGAAGAUAACACAAAGAAACAUCCAUCUUAUUAACUUUCUCUUUUUGUAUUAUCUCUAUCACUAACUUUUAAGUUUCCUCAGAGAUUCAAAAUCAAAAUCUUCCAGAAACUGCUUCAAGCUUCUACUUGAUCAAACUCAUGACCCACUUCUCAUAAAAAGCACCAACCAGUUCCAACUCUUUUCUCAUUCAUUUCUUUAGUUUCCGGCAAGAUUUGACACAGUUUUGUGUUCUGUUUUUUUUUUUUAUAAAUAUAAUAAUAAAAAUAUGGAUCGGAAGAGAGGGUGCAAGAUCAGGAAGAGAGGCUGUUCUUCCUCCUCCUCCUCUUCUCUUGCUCGUCGAAACCGCUUCAAACGCGCCAUUUUCGCCGGGAAAAGAGCCUCACUAGAAGACGGCGGCGGCUCAGGAACUCCGGUUAAGUCCAUCACCGCCGCUAAACCUCCCGUACUCUUACCGUUUUCUCCGGAAAACCCUCCUGUAUGUCAAUCACAGAAACGCUGCGUGUCAGCUAGAAAGCUGGCGGCAACGUUGUGGGAGAUCAGCGACGGCAAUACAGAACCUCCUGUAUCCAACGAAGAUUGCUUGAAAAACAAGAAACCACCGAGAAACAGAAGGAAGACAUCAACAGAGAUCCCUUUCCCUGAUUUCCCGCUAAAAUCAUCCCAUCCGGUUUCCCACGAGAGAAUCCUUCUCCAAGAUGAUGAUACAUUUCGUAGAAGAUCAAAAAUUCCACAGAAACUACAACUAAUCGAAUACAAAACCAUCGGCACAAACUCUGUGAAAACUCGUUUCAAGAAUGUCAGCGAGGGUUUAACGACGUCUAAAGAGCUGGUGAAAGUUUUAAAACGGAUCAGCCACCUCGGAGAUGAUCAUAAGAACGCGAGCAACCGUUUGAUCUCUGCUCUGGCUUAUGAACUAAACAGAGCAAGAUCUUCUCUAAAGCAUCUAAUGAGUGAGUUCAAUGCGGAGGAGGAGGAGAAGCGGAGGUUAGUAGAGAAGCUUCAAGAAGAAGCGGUGGCUGAGAGGAAACUCCGGCUAACAACGGAGAAGAUGAACAGAAGGUUAUUAAGAGAGCUCGCGGAAGCUAAGGAAACAGAGAGGAAGAUGAAGGAGGAGAUGGAGAGAGAGAAGAGAGCGAAAGACGUUCUUGAAGAAGUUUGUGAUGAGCUGGCGAGAGGUAUCGGAGAUGAUAAGAAGGAGAUGGAGAAAGAGAGAGAGAUGAUGCAUAUAGCUGAUGUUCUGAGGGAAGAGAGGGUUCAGAUGAAGCUCACGGAGGCGAGACACGAGUUUGAGGAGAAACACGCCGCCGUGGAGCGGCAGAAGAAGGAGCUCCGGCGGGUUGUGGAUGGGCAGGAGGAGAAAGGGUCGUCGGAGAUUCUCAGGGUUUUAGAGAUGUUAGAUGGUUCUGAUGAUGAUGAUGAUGAGGAGGAGGAGGAGGAGGAGAGUGAUCUUAAGUCGAUUGAGCUGAACAUGGAGAGUGGAAGUAAGUGGGGAUAUGUUGAAAGCCGGAGAGAUGGUCGGAGGGAGUCAAGAUUUGUUGGCUCCGGCGAAGAUGAUGAUGAUCAUGUGGAGAAGAGAUCAGUGAUCGUUGAUAAUGGGGCGAGAGAUGAAUCUUUGAAGACUCUAAGAGAGUACAUUGUUUCUAAUGUCAGAUUCAUAGGUUCCUCAUCGGCACUCACCUAAUGUGGAGUUUGUGUAAUCACCUGAGCUAACGCCGGCAAGAGAAACAAAAUAUAUCAAAUUCUUUUUGUAAUGUAUACUUUAUAUUUCCUUAUUUGUAAUUGUAUUCAAUUUUUUGGAUUUGUUGAAAGAAAAGCAAUUAUCUGACUACAUAAAACUCUGUUUCCACCCUA